UCCUCAUAUUGACCAAGUGUACAGAAACCGGAAGUCAUCAUGGGUCUCGAGUGUUCUGGAAAGGUUGGGAUGCUGUUCCUUAUCGUCAUCAACAUAAUCUUUAUGUUGCUUGGCCUCGGUUUGAUGAUUCCCGGAAUCCUUGUCCAGGUGGACGUUGACAUUGUUAAUGACAAGGUCAUGCCCCUCCUCAACCAGGUGACCUUAGGCGGUCUGACCUUUGGAAAUGCUGCAAAUGGCCUCUCGUUGACAUUGAUCAUACUCGGAGCUUUUAUUCUAUUGGUGGCAGGUUUGGGCGCGUUCGGAGCUUGCUGCAAAAACAGAUGCAUGCUUGUUGUGGUAAGUGUGAAACGAUGCUACGUUUAUUAUUAUUAGUUGUUAUACCUUGUG